AUGGCGAUUGCAAUCUUUCCGGAGAAAACGGGAGUGGGAGCAGUGCUGAUUCAAUUGCCUGUCGGCUACAGCCAUCUUCUUGUGUCCGUGGACGACCUUCGCAUCAUUCAGAGAGGUGCUACGAGUGCAUUCCCCAUGGAUCAGCCACAGGCAGCCAAGGAGUUUUGCAAGUCUCAUGUUUGGGCGGAGGUGGAUGUUUUGGUGGAUGUCUUGGAGGUUUCGGUGGAUGUCUUGGAUGUUGCGCUGGAUGUGCAAACGAGGCCUUCACACCACGCAGAACACCAGUACGAAGGCUUCUUGAAGGGGCUGGGUGCUACGUCCCAGGAUGUGAUCUGCAGCAAGAAAGCCUCGCAGUUGAAAAGGCUACAUGAAGCUACUCAUUUUGCAAUCGGAUGUCAGAAGUGGGACGAAGGGAAUCGGGGAGCUUCCGUUACUCACACCACUUUUGUGGAUCCAGAGGUUGUGUAUGCCACCAGCGAUGCUCCAGACAAGAACAUGAGUGUCGUUGAGCUCAGACAGCAGGCCUUCAAGCCGGAGAUCCACUAUCGCACCGAGCAGCGCGACAGGUUUGAAGAUCCAGGACCACAGCCGAAGAAUGACACUCUGGUUCCAGUGGUUUCAGUGCACUUCGGAGAUGAUAGGCCAGGCUACUCGCUGCAAUCCCACUCAGCACAUCGCAAAAUAGCGCAGGAGGAGCACCAUCACCAAAAAGUACUUCGAGCGGCGGGGUCCGGCGUGCUGAUUCCCACAAGUGCUUGGCCCAAGCCAGUGCGCUGCAAUCCAGUGACUGGUGGACCCAGAAAUGCUGAUGUCUAUGACCUGGGCGUGGCAGCGGGAGUUCGGCAUGAUCGCGUCAGCCAAAACAGCUCUACCAUCGUGCAUGAGGCUCACGUCCGGAACCCUAUUCAUGGGAUAGCAAUUCCCCUGCACGCCUAUGCCAAUCCCAGAGGGGAGUUGGGAAGGAGUUCGGAGCAAGUAGUGGCAGAAGCCAACCGGAUGGUUCCGGCGCUGCGAUCCUUGGCUGCUGUGCGGCCGGGGUCCUGGCUUCCCGAUGUCUUGAAGCGGAAAGCGUGA